GGUUCGAGCGCGAGAACACAAAACCGUGUCAAGAAUAGGCCGCCCGAACUCGACCCAAGCCAAAAGCGGCCCAAGCACAGAGUGUCUACCUGGCGCCCUCUACGCGAUGUGUUUGAAAGCGCCCUCUACAAGGCACAACAAUGGUUAUUCGCUCUUCGCCCAGCCGCGCUCCAACAGGGCACUUGGCACGGACGUAAUCUGGACCCACCUCUCUCCUGAUUGAUUGAAGCCAUUGGAGGUCCUGUGGGGCUAUUUUACAGUGCCAAAAGUUUCUAAACUCAACACUUACCUAUGGAAGACUGCCACGAUUUUUGAUAUUUUUUGUCGAAAAUAGUAAAUAAUUUCAGUGCACUACAUUCAAUUAUCACCGGAGGGUAAUAAAUAUGGAUUUUCUUUCACAAGAACUGAAACACGAGGAAGAUGUGCUGCUUAGUGAUGCCGCAUCGUGCAGAACAUUUGGCAAGACUAACUCAGAUCCUGAGGCAAGUUACAUUUCACUGGUAUAGUUUUGACGAUUACGUUUCAUAUAAACAGAAUCUGAAGGGUGUGUUGAGAUACGCCUGGCCAUUAAAAAAGAUCAAGUUGACGGGCAUAAUGUGCAUUAAGUUUAAAAUGGAGAAUUUUCCUUUUCAUUUUGCCAUAACUAAGACUGACAUGGGGCCUGCAUGAAAAAGACAUUUCCAAGUGUUGGCCAGCAUCUGUUAUAAAGAAGCAAAAUGAAAUCAUGCAAGCAAUUCAUAAAUAGUUAAUACAAAGCCAGCCCCCAAAAAAUAUUUUUUCGUUUCUUAAUUAAAAAAGUUUACUAAUUAUGGGAUCAGUAUUGGAACAGAAACCUUAGGUAUAGUCGUGCUAAAUCGCCAGUGAGCCUUGUACGUGAAAAUAACCUCUAUUCCGUUCGGCAGAGAACUGUAAACAAUCUUUGGCCAUAAAUCACGUUUUCUUCGGUGCACUGAACUUACUGAAUAUUUUUUACAAAAAUAUUAGAAAUUGUGGCAGUCUUCCAUACGCUAGCGUUGAUUAGUUUAGAAUCUUCCGGCACGGUAAAAUGGCUGCCACUCUACUUCCGAUAGCUUCAACGACGUCCGUGUCACGAAUGCUGCAUUGCGGGUCCAGAUUAUGAUAUACGUCCGUGGCGCUGGGCAGUACAGAGCUCCAGAAGUGCCAUCCGACUUGUUAAGAUCCUGCAAUACUAUUUCUUGGGAUGACGACAUCGUAAAGAUCGCCAGUUCGAACACACUCCGGCUUCAGGUGGUUGACGAGAUGGGAGGCUCCAACCGCUCCACCCUUGGCGUCCUCGCGACGAUUGCUGUUUUUCUGCAGUUCUUCUUGCAAGCUAUGAUCAUCAAGACUCUAGGAAUCCUCCUCGUGGACAUGAGGGAAGAAUUCGAGGCAGCAACCUGGGAGAUGGGGACCAUCUUCGAGUUUGUAGAAUGCGUCAAUGACUUCCUAGCGCCGAUUGCGGGUGCGCUCGGCAUGACAUUCGGUGCCCGACCAACCGUCAUGAUAAGCGGAAUCAUGAUCACUGCAGGAUUCAUGGUUGCUUCCAGAGCUUCUAAUGUCCUUCAAAUUGCACUCUAUCUGAAUAUAUUUGUAGGAAUUGGAUAUGCAUUCCCCCAUGUGUUGGCCCGCGCGAACCUCGCGCAGCACUAUGACGACAGGCAGUUCUCGCUGGCCUCAGGAAUCGGUAAAACCGGCUCAGCUUUCAGUUUGCUCGUCCUACCACCUCUGGUGCAGCUGUGUUUGGAUGAGUAUGGAUGGAGGGGCGCUCUCCUCGUGGUCUCCGCGAUGGCCGCUAACUUCAUCGUGUGCGGCGCCCUGAUGAUCCCGAAAUCGAGGCAAAAGGAGGACGGUCAAGAAUACCAGCCGCUCCCUGGAAGUCGAACCUCUCAAAAACGGAGCAAACAAGGCAUGCUUGCUCAGCUGAAAGCAACCUGCGUCAACAUCACGAGACGGUUUGACCCGAUCUUGAUGCGGGAAAACAAGUUUUGGGUCAUCCUUUUGUUCUACGUAUUGGGCAGAAUAGGAAAAUCGGCAUGGAUAAUUUAUUUCGUGCCCCACGCCGUUGAAAAAGGGUUUUCCAUGCAAACAGCCACGACAAUGGCGACUGUGGCCGGGCUGGGUUACAUUAUGGGCAUAACAAUUGCCAGCCUAGCUAUGUUUAAAGAGAAAGUGACAUCAUCCGUGGCCUUUUUGCUAAGCUUGGCUCUCUUUGGUAUCUCCUUCAUCAUUGACCCCUGGAUGAACUCUGUGUGGUUGGUGUCGGCCAACGCUGUUCUCCUGAUGAUGGGAAAUGCUUCCAUGUGGGCUGCCAGUGACGUCAUCAUGAAGGAAGUUCUUGGUGCUGAGAAAAUGGCCAACGCUUACGGCUGGAUAGGUUUGUUCAGUGGGAUGUGCCGACCUAUCGCGGGCUUCUUACCAGGUUGGAUUUUUGACCAAACUGGCAGUUACAAUCUGGCCUUUGUCAUCAUCGGGAUCAUUGAAAUGACAGCGCUGCUUCCCUUUAUCGUCAGAAGGCGCCUGGACGUUGGAGGUUGAAUAGCCCCCUGUGGACAAGAAACUCCAUGAAAGUCAACAAGCCAACAGAUUCAACGACCAUGGCAUCAUAUCGAUGCAAGUGGUAUUAGUGGUGUAUUGUAGGAAACACAUUUUUUCACUUCAUUAAAAAUAUUUAGACCGCAUGGUUACUUGACACUUUUUGGCUUUACUGUUAAAGUAGAAUGGAUUUCCCGAUAACUGUGCAACCUUAAAAUACAGUCGUUUUACUUGAGCUUUUUUCCACUCACUGAAUGGAUUAUUAUCUGUCCUACCUGAUC